AUGACGCCGCCCUCCAUCUUCCACCACCAUCACCGCCUCCUCCCCAUCCCCUCCGCUUCCCCGACCCAAAUUCUAAACCCAUUCGCCACCUCGUCCCGUAGCCUCAACCAUCAACUCCCAAAACCUAUAGUCCUAUCCCUACCCUCGAGGCCAGUCAUCUCCUCCGCCUUCGCUGUCGCCGCCGUUGGCGAUGACGAGGAUGUUGUCGUCGGGGAUUGCCUCGUGUUCGACGACGACGCUUUCGAGGAACCGGACCUGGACCUCCCCUCGUCUCCGCUGCCGCGGGCUAACGGCCGGAGGGCGGAGGCCGGCGAGGGCGAGAGCCUGGUGCCGGAGAGGUGGAGGGAUGCCGAGGAGGAGAUCAACCUGACGAAGAAGGAGAAGCGCCGCAUCGCUCACGGGCUACGAUUCGGGAGCCGCCUCGAGCGGCGGGCGCCCCCGGCCGUUGCCGCCCCUGAUGAAUUCCGCGCGUACCGCAAGGGGAUGCUGAGCGCGGAGCGUGACCAUAUUGCUUAUGUAUACCGCGGGCCACUGGAGAGGGCUUUUCUGCCGGAGGUGGAGGAACCUCCACCGCCAGAGCCUGGGACGCGUGUGGCCCCGAGGAAUCCGAGGAUGGGGAUGGAUGUUGGCAGCCUUGAGGACAUUGAUGAGUUUUUUAGAAGUCGGGAGUAUGUUCAGGAUGAGAUGGAGGACAGCAAGAGCCCCAAGGGCCGUCAGAAGUUGUUCUCAAAUGAGGAGAAGGUUCUUCUGAACAAGCGAGUGCCUGAUCUGGAAGCUGCUACUUCUAGUAAAUGGCUUCCGCUUCACAUCCUUGCUGCAUCUGGAGAUUUCUAUCUAUUGGAUAGUCUUUUAAAACAUAAUGUGGACAUAAAUGCGCUUGAUAAGGAUGGCUUGCCAGCGAUUCACAAAGCAAUUCUUUCAAAGAAGGCUGCUAUUAUCAACUAUCUUUUAAGGAACUCAGCAAAUCCAUUCAUCCAAGAUAAAGAUGGCACGACUCUAAUGCAUUAUGCUGUCCAAACAGCAUGUAGUCAGACCAUAAAGACACUUUUACUGUACAAUGUUGACAUCAACCAUCCAGAUGAUUAUGGAUGGACACCUUUGCAUCUUGCUGUACAAACACAGAGGACUGACAUUGUGAAGCUACUUUUAAUAAAGGGCGCUGAUAGAACUCUUAAAACCCAAGAUGGAUUGACCCCGUUGGAGUUGUGCCUCCGAUUGGGUCAUGAUGUGCGGACAUAUGAGCUUAUCAAACUACUUAAAAGCUUCCGAAGACAAAAGCAGCAUGAUUUAGUUUAG